CACUCAAAACGCCCGCGCGUCAGCCACGCUCUUCCCCUUAUUAUCUUCUCCUGCAAAUGAUUCAAUAAUCUUCUUCUCUCUUCCUCCAUUGAUGAGCUUCAGAUGAACUCAUCACCUCUCCCUCCUCCUUCCUACUCUACCCCAGCCCCUUCUUCUGUCCCCCACACCCUUUCUUCCCUCUCCUGGUCCUGUCCUCCCCACUCUGCCGCCGUAUCCGCCCCUGCAAAGCUCCUGAAGGCUCAAUCCCCCUCGUCCUUGAGGGUUCAGGCCACCCCCCACCGCGUUAGCUCCCCUGAGCUCACUGUCGGUUUCACUACCUCCGCCCCCUCCGCCGCGCAGCAAGACCACAAGCUCCUCACCCUCCUUCGCCAGCGGAAAACCCAGGAGGCUUGGGCCCUCUACUCCCAGUCCCCCCACGUCCCCAGCCCCACCUGCCUCAGCCGCCUCGUCUCCCAGCUCUCCUACCUCAACUCCCCCGACGCCCUCUCCCGCGCCCAGUCCAUUCUCACCCGCCUCCGCCAUGAGGGCCAGCUCCACCGCCUCGACUCCAACUCCCUCGGCCUCCUCGCCUCCGCUGCCGCCAGCCAGGGCCAGGCCCUAUACGCUGCCUCCGUCAUCCGCUCCAUGCUGCGCUCCGGUUACCUCCCCCACGUCAAGGCGUGGAGUGCCGUCGUGACUCGCCUCACCACCUCCUCCGGCGAGGGCGCCGGCCCAGCUGCUGCCCUUGCCUUGUUCGACUCCAUCAUGCGGCGGGUCAGCCGCUUUCUCCCUGACAGGGCAGCUGAUUCGCGGCCGGACACAGCCGCUUAUAAUGCCGCCCUCAACGCCUGUGCCAUUCUCGGUGACACGCAGAGAUUCCUCCGACUGUUCGAAGAAAUGCCCAAGUUCGGGGCCGAACCUGAUGUGUUGACGUAUAAUGUCAUGAUAAAGCUCUGUGCUCGGGCCGAUAGGAAAGACCUGCUGGUUUAUGUUUUAGAGAUGAUUUUACUGAAGGGGAUCGACUUGUGUAUGACUACACUGCACUCUCUUGUAGCGGCCUAUGUCGGUUUUGGAGACUUGGAGGCUGCGGAGUCAAUUGUGCAGGCAAUGAGAGAAGGAAGGACGGAUAUCUGCAAGGUUUUAAGAGAUUCUAACGCCGAAGAUUUGAGUGUGGAGGAGGAGGGCGAGGGAGUGGAAGAUGAGGUGGUUUCAAGGGAAGGGGAGGAUGGCGUUUUUGAGAAAUUGCUCCCUAACUCGGUCGACCCGAAUAGGCAUGAUCCACCUUUGCUGCGUAAAUCGUAUGGUCCCAACUCGAGGAUCUACACUACGCUCAUGAAAGGCUACAUGAAGGCUGGGAGAGUAUCGAGCACAGUUAGAAUGCUCGAGGCAAUGAGGCACCAAGAAGAUAGCUCAAGCCAUCCAGACCACGUUUCGUACACCACCGUGAUUUCUGCCUUCGUGAAGACAGGGGCCAUGGACCGGGCCCGUGAGGUUUUGGUUGAAAUGCUGAGGAUUGGAGUGCCUGCAAAUGGGAUCACUUAUAACAUUCUCCUGAAGGGGUACUGCCUUCAGCUGCAGAUGGACAAGGCCAAGGAGUUGCUCAAGGAAAUGUCAGAUCGGGCUGGAGUAGAGCCUGAUGUUGUGUCGUACAACACUUUAAUUGACGGGUGCAUAUUGGUCGACGAUAGUGCAGGGGCGCUUUCAUAUUUCAAUGAGAUGCGGUCAAGGAAGAUUGGCCCGACCAAGGUCAGUUACACGACCCUGAUGAAGGCAUUUGCAUUCUCCGGCCAGCCCAAGUUAGCGCACAAUGUGUUCGAUGAGAUGGCCCAGGACCCGAGAGUGGAAGUAGAUCAGGUCGCGUGGAACAUGUUGGUGGAAGGGUAUUGCAGGCUCGGGCUAGUCGAUGAGGCAAAGAAACUUAUCCAGAGGAUGAAAGAGACUGGGCUUUACCCAGAUGUUGCCACUUAUGGAAGCCUUGCGAAUGGAAUUGCCUUGGCUAGGAAACCGGGAGAGGCGCUUCUGCUGUGGAAUGAGGUCAAGGAGAGGUGCGAAUUGAACCUACAGAAGGACGUGAAGGAGUCUGAUUCUUCCUCUUCGUUGCCGCCGCUGAAGCCUGAUGAAGGGUUGCUGGAUACGCUGGCAGAUAUCUGUGUGAGGGCGGCUUUCUUUAGGAAGGCCCUGGAGAUCGUGUCCUGCAUGGAAGAUAACGGGAUACCGCCGAAUAAGACCAAGUACAAACGGAUAUAUGUGGAGAUGCAUUCGAGGAUGUUUACAAGCAAGCAUGCCUCGCACGCUAGGCAGGCGAGGAGGGUCGAGAGGAAGAGGGCUGCUGAGGCCUUUAAAUUCUGGGUGGGUCUGCCCAACUCUUACUAUGCCAGUGAGUGGCAUUUGGGUGAUGGUGAUUAAGAUUCCGAUUCGAUCCAAAACCUCUGCCUGUUAGAUGUUAGGCUCCAUUUGGUUCUGAAACCCCUGCUAGUAUCUACUUCUCUAUCUCGCCUGAGGUUCAGUGGUGAUGACCGCAAGUCGGGUUGAUGAAGGAAGACAGGCGAGGUUGGAAGGCCAUGGCUGGGAUAUAGAUGUUGCAAGUUCCUAUACAGCGGAGCUUAAGAUACAUAGCAAUGGUUCAUAAUUUGAUGUUUCAAGGGAUUUGUCGAGGUCCCUUACACAGGCUCUAGUUCAUAAAAGCAUAGAAGGAUUUUUCUUGGCAGUGUAGGUGCGUGUAUAUGUCAUGUACUCGACAACAAAAACUUCGAAAAGUACUGAAAAUGUUACUAAUGAUCCUAAUAUCAGCUAUGAUCAAUUCACGGGUCCAAUAAUCUUUGCGCA